AUGACUUCUGUCAAAGACCUGGGAAAGAGAUUGAAACCAAUACUAUUGGAAUCAUUGGAAAGGUUACCUUUACACAAACCAACGCUUGACAUUUUGGAGAGACGAAUACAUGUAGCUGAUUUGCCCUUUAUGGAAGAAUAUGUUGGCAUACUGAAUGAAUAUGAAAUUUCUAAAAUCAAUUCAAAGGUUGAAAAUGAAUCUAGAGCUUUAGAAAAGAUAGUCAAAAAGACACAUAUAGUAUGGAAUAAUGAUAAAUUUCCGAAUCAUUUAGAAAAGUUCAAGAAUCAUUAUAUGGAGCUUUUGCAUCAUUGGCCUUAUGAAUUUCAUUCCGACGUGUUAAAUAUGGCUCGACCUGGAACGGGUUCAUUAAUUUACCUGUGUCUUAAUAAUGAUGAUAGAUUCUUUAAUUUUUACAAAUCUCAAAUUAAUAAUAAAUGGUUUAAUUCCGUAGAUCAAUAUAAACUGACUGAUGAACAGAGAGUGUCUAUUUACAAUGAUAUCUUCAAACAGAUAUUUUUCUUGAAAAGACACACUACAAUUUCAGAGGUAAAUAAGAACAUGGUGCCAAUUGUAGAGGUGCCUUUAAAACCAAUCGGUUGUGAUAUCCCUGCAUGUAGAAUCAAGAAUCUUUUCAAUAAAAAAGUAGAUUAUAUUUGGAAAUUAUUGAGUUUGUCAUCCCCAGCAAUUUCACUUUCACAUGAAAAAAUAAUCAUGAAUAUCUUGGAAGAUACAAAAGAUAACCGUAGAAUAAAUAGGUUAUACAGGAGAUCAUUGAAAAACAGUUAUGUAUUUGACGACACCAACCCUAUCGAGAUUACCUAUCGAUAUGCAUCAUUCUUGCAAUAA